AUGCCCUCCCCACCCACGCUGUUCUUCAUGUCAGUCUUCUUCCUGGAGACCUUGGCCGCCAUGCUGCAGAAUGGCAUCAUGGCAGCCGUGCUGGGCUGGGAGUGGGCGAGGGGCCGGGCGUUGCCCGCGGGGGACAUGAUUGUGGCCUGCCUGGCUGCCUCCCGGUUUGGCCUGCAUUGCAUGACCUUCACAAACAACCUCCUGAUCACUGUCAACUUCAGCCACGUAGCGUACUACUUUAACAGCCUCUGGGACUUCAGCAACAUUCUCACCUUCUGGCUGAACGCCUUGCUCUCUGCCUUCUACUGCGUGAAGAUUGCCUCCUUCUCGCACCCCACCUUCCUCUCGCUCAGGUGGAGGCUUUCCCGCUCUGUGCCCAGGCUGUUGCUGGGCUCACUGGCCAUCUCCAUCCUGGCCACUAUCUCCUCGACCACCGGGCAUAUCAUUGUGUCUCAUAUGAAGGCCUCCCAGCCUCCCUACACCAAUGGCAGCUGGGUUGAUCGAGCGAGGAUCUUCCAUCGGAACUUCUUCCUGCUCCACGAGAUACUGGCGCUCUCCAUGCCCUUUCUGCUGUUCUUGGUGUCCACGGUCCUCCUCAUGUUGUCUCUGCGUCGGCACAUGCACCAGAUGAGGUGCAGCCGCCAAGGGCCCCGAGACUCCAGCACCCAGGCGCACACCAUGGCCCUCAAGUCUCUGGGCUUCUUCCUUGUCUUCUACACAUUCUACUUCCUGUCUGUGCUCGUGGCCGUGUCGAACAUCGUGCCUCUGCAGCUCCACUGGUACUGGGCCUGGCAGGUGGUGACCUACACCGGCGUCUUCCUGCACUCCACCUUCCUGCUGCUCAGCAGUCCCAGGCUCAGGAGGGCCCUGAAAAACAGGCUGCAAGGCUGCGGGGCCACAGGCUGUAGGGGCCUGGACAGAGGGUAG